CAUCAUCACAAUUCCUCAUCCAUUUCGUUAACUCCCUCUCAAACUAUAUCCACUAUCUCCAGUAUCCCCCAAAACUUAAAUUCUUCGCAAAUCAUUUCGACCAUCUGAACUUAUUCUAAACACUUCAUAAAAUCUUCCAUACUUCAUUCAACGUAACCACCCAAUCACAAUCUAAUCAAACAUGGCCACCAUCUUUGAACUACCUCUCCCAAAUUUCCUCAUCGACCCCCAAGACGGAGAAUUCACUCCCUAUGAUGCAAGAUCCUUAGCUGAUCCCUCCGAAUCAUCGGAUCCUUCGGAUCAUCAACCCUUGAAUGUCCGAUCCCCAAACCAAAACCCAAGCUACGCCUCUAUAAACACCAUCACAAGAAGUCGAGCUACAUCAGACGCUCUAGAAAAACUCCUGGCCAUACAAGCGCAACAGUUAGCUGCUAUAGGUCAAGCUUGGCGGGCGAAAUACUCUCUCAGUUCUUUAAGCCCAUCAAAACAAAUCGGCAAGUCGCAGGAUGGACAAAAUUUCAAACCAAACAAUUCCAUCACUCGAUCCGUUCAAAACACAACGACACCUACUUCAACCCCGUCGAAACAAUUGAAAGAUAAAAGCUGGAUGGCAGAAACCGGUCGUUCAGUAAUUUCAUUAUCUAGUCAUGCUUCGACGUUUGACACUAUUGUUGAUGAGGAUUUCCAAUUUGACGAUGAGGAAGUUGAACAAGAAGAGCAAUUCAACCCUAUCACUCAAGCGACGCUCAAAAAAUUUGAUGAAAAUUUUCAUCCUUUGAUAUUCUGUCAUAGAACUUUUGUCUUAGAAUGGUUAAAGAACUUACCUACCUUUUUUGAUGACUUGUUGUUACAUGAAGAUAUCUAGGGCUUUUUAUCUUUCUCUUUUAAUCAACUUUCUUUUGCGUUUCUUGUUAUAAAUCCUUUAUUAUCCUUGAACUGAUUUGCCUAUCUUUUGAAGGCUCACUUGGGUACGUCUUCUUGUAUAUUGAUUAAGUUUGUUGUAUAUCUUUCCUUACUUGGAUACUUUUCAAUUCGCUCUUCUUCAAGUAUGUGCAGUGUAUUUUCAUCAAGUCAUCUGAUUUUCAAAUUAAAUUUCUUUUUUAUCAUUCAUGAGACCCAAUGAUACGUCUUUUGCAUUUUCAUAUCAAAAAUGAUUACUUUUGAUGAUUGU